GUUUAAAUGAGAGUAUAUAUAAAUAAGGUAAAUUGGUUAAUUAUAUUACGAUAAUAUACACAAGAAACUAUUACUAUAAUUAUUAAUAUACUUAAAAUCUUUAUGUCAUAUAAUUCCUGUAAUUUACGUGGUUUAGAGGGAAAAUAACUUGAAUGUAAAAUGAGAUUAAAAAAAGUUGUACCAAUAUUUGGUUCUUUAAUAUUGUUAGUAAUAGUCUUUAUCAUUUAUUCAGCCUCUGAUUUAAAUAUUAGUUUUCCAAACAAGAUCAGCCAGGACUUUGAAGAGAACAAACUCCUACAUUUCCAGGAUAAAAUAAAUCAACUGGAGAAACACAUUCAUGAUAACAACAAUGCCGUGGAACAGAUUAAAAUGGCAAUGAAAAAUUUGAUGAAAUCCACUGAAUCUGCCCCUCCAGAGUUUGCUCCUUUGGUAGAUGUUAAUCCCUCCAAUAAGAGUCGGAGUCGCAGCUUUCCGAUAUCGGAAAUGAUUUACGACUCGACCUGCCCGUUCCAAAUAAAAUUCGUACCACCAACAGACGUCCAAAUGUUGGAGAUGUACAAGAAAAUAAAAUUUGACAAUCCAGAUGGGGGUGUGUGGAAACAAGGUUGGAGGAUAGAAGUGGAUGAAAAGGAAUGGAACCGCCAGAAUAAACUUAAAGUUUUUGUUGUUCCCCAUUCACACAAUGAUCCUGGUUGGCUGAAGACACUUGAAGAUUAUUAUGUAACACAAACUAAACAUAUACUUGACAAUAUGUUGGUGAAACUUCCUGAAGACCCCAGAAGAAAAUUCAUAUGGGCUGAAAUAUCAUAUUUUUCAAUGUGGUGGAAUGAACUGAAUGGAGAUGACAAGGAAAUCGUUAAAAAAUUAUUGCGGAAAAAUCAAUUGGAAAUUGUUACUGGUGGAUGGGUUAUGAACGACGAGGCGAACUCCCAUUGGAUCUCCAUUGUUAAUCAGAUGACCGAGGGUCAUCAGUGGUUGCAAAAAAAUUUGAAUUACACUCCAAUAAGUAGCUGGUCAAUCGAUCCAUUUGGUAUGAGUUUGACUCAGCCUCUAAUUCUCAAAGAAAUCGGUUUGCAAAACUUGCUGAUACAAAGAGUCCAUUACUCAGUGAAGAAGGAAUUGGCCACCAGGAAACAGUUAGAGUUCAGAUGGAGGCAAUUAUGGGAUGAGAAGGGUAAAACUGAUUUGUUCACACACAUGAUGCCUUUCUACUCGUAUGACGUUCCCCACACCUGCGGUCCAGAUCCCAAGAUUUGUUGUCAGUUCGAUUUCAAGAGGUUACCUAAUCAUGGAAUUACGUGCCCUUGGAAGAUACCCCCGAAAGAAAUAACAGACAAAAACGUAGCACAAAGAGCCGAACUUCUAUUAGACCAGUAUCGAAAGAAGUCGAAGCUGUUUAAGACUAACGUAGUACUCGCGCCUUUAGGCGACGAUUUUCGCUACGACCAUCCGACGGAAUGGGACGUCCAGUACACCAAUUACCAAAAAUUAUUCGAUUAUAUGAAUUCAAAUCUUAAUCUAAACGUACAAGCGCAAUUUGGCACACUGACAGACUAUUUCGAUGCGUUGCACAAGGAAAGAAGGGACGCCGAUUUUCCCACGUUGUCUGGAGACUUCUUCACGUACGCAGACCGAGAUGAUCAUUACUGGAGUGGGUAUUACACUUCAAGGCCGUUUUACAAACGUGUAGAUCGGAUCUUGUUGUCUUACAUAAGGGCUGCAGAAACAAUACAUACUUUGGCCCAUUUAAGUAGAAAACCUGGCUCCUCGUGGAUAGUGGAUACCACCACUGGACUAGAAGAUAUAUUGAUCAAUGCCAGACAAGCGCUUUCGUUAUUCCAGCAUCAUGAUGGUGUAACGGGAACUGCUAAAGAUUUCGUCAUGGUUGAUUACGGAAAGAAAAUGUUGAAUGCUUUGAACGGUUGUCAUAGAGUUAUACAAAUUUGCACAAACAUAUUACUUAAUGGUAAUGGCGCUGACCAACCCGUACAUGAUAUGUCUUACUAUACUGUGGAUGAUUUAAUGCAUUCACAUGAUGCUUUGACUGAACAUUCUCAAGUUACUAUUGGAGUGCCCGAAUUGAGUACCAAGAAGGUGGUUAUAUUCAAUCCGCUGACAUUUACGAGAGUCGAAGUGGUCACUUUACACGUGUCUACACCGUAUAUAGAGAUCGUGGACUUCCAAGGAAAACGCGUGAACUGUCAGAUAUCUCCAAUAUUUGAGCAUGGACCAACAAUUUCCCAAACAAAAUACCAGUUAUCGUUCAUUGUUAAUAUUCCAGCGUUAGCUUUGGUCAGUUACACCGUUCGAGCUGUUUAUGAGGAUGAAGUACCAAAGGAGACCGUCUUAGCUGAUGUUAAAAUAUUAAAUCAUUACGGUGAUAUUCGGUCUCCAAGGGGUUUCAACGUCAAGACCUCAGCAAGUCCAAGCGAAUUUACACUUCACAAUGACAGAGUGACGGCUUCUUUCAAUGAAUUAGGUCUUCUAAAAUCAUUGAAGGUUGGCUACAAAACUGUUCCUGUCCAUCUAGACUUUGUUACUUAUGGCGUUAAAAAUCAACGAGAGAGAAGCGGGGCUUAUCUGUUUUUACCAGAUGGUGAUGCUGUGUCACUGGACAUCCAGGGAACUAUAGUUAAUGUUAUAGAAGGUCCAAUUCUAUCAUCAGUAACUGUACAAGUCCCCUAUAUAAGACACACAGCAACUCUCUAUGCCUCGCCAGGUGCUGAUGGACUUGGAUUAGAAAUUGAAAAUCUUGUGGAUAUAAGCACCACUUCAAACUUUGAAGUAGCCAUGAGGUUGUCCACAAAUAUUGACAGUGGUGAUGAAUACUUUACUGAUGUCAAUGGCUACCAGAUUAUGAGAAGGAAACGUUUCAAGAAACUUCCCUUGCAAGCCAAUUACUACCCAAUUCCUUCUAUGGCUUACAUUGAAGACAAAAAUAUUCGUUUGUCCAUGGUUACUAGCGGACCUUUGGGUUGUGCUUCCCUUGCACCAGGACAAAUUGAAGUUAUGCUUGAUCGUAAAUUAAAUCAAGAUGAUAAUUUGGGUUUGGGCCAAGGUGUCAUGGAUAAUCUUCCCACCAAACACGUAUUCAGAUUACUGUUGGAACAGAGGUCACACAUUUCAUGCAAAGCAACUGCAGAUAAUCAUCCUGCCGGUUUCCCAACAUUGUCCACAUACAUGGCAUCUCAGUCAUUGUUAAAUCCUUUAAUUAGGUUGUUAAGGACAGAGGAUGAAGACACAACAUCGAAGGCGUCAUAUAUACCAGUUAGUCAUGGAUUCGGUGUCGAUUUUUCCAUGCCCAUUUUAAGGACCGGAAUUGUCAUGAGAAAAAAAAAACACAUAGGACUUAUGUUGCACAGACAAUUCGUCGAUCUGUGUUUCUCAGAUAAAGCCUUGGUGCAACGGUUUCCAUUAAGCGAUGGAACGGUCAACAUUAGCAAUAUAAUUCCAAUUGACAACUCUCGAAAACUAUAUAAAUCAACCCUGUCCUUUUUACUGGUUAAAGGUGAAGUUGACGGAAGAAGUGAUAUUCCGAUGUGUCCCAUGGAAAUGCAAUCGUAUAUUUAUGAUUAAGUGUACUUCAAACAAAAUAAGCUAUUUAAUCCCUUCAGGAUAUAAUUUGAUAUUAUUCUUCUAACAAUAAUCUAUGUUUUUGAAAAUAUUUUUUUUUUAGGUAGUACAAUAAGACUGAUCACAUACUUUUCCUAUUAAUUUUGUUUUUAAUAAUCUAUAUUAAAAUGUCCAAGAACACUGAAGGGAUUAGGUUAAUAUAUAUGAAUAUUGGAAUACAUUAUAAAGUAAUAUGUAAAUUUUCCCAAUUUAUAUAAAUUAUUGACCAACACUAGAGUUAGAAAAUACUGUGAUUAUUUUAAACGUGUACUGUUUAAAUUAUGUGCUGCGCAUGUUUAUAUAAAUACUCAUUUUUUUAUUUAAAUUAUGCAAACAUUACAAAAUAUAUUUUCCACUAGCUUUGUCUAAUAAAUAAAUUCCGGUGAAAAUGAUAAUAUAUGUAGUUUUAAAGAGUUCAAUAUUAUUAAAGCUCAAAUACUAUGUUGUACUACGUACUUACAAUGUACAUUGUAAAUGUUUGUGUGGUAAUGUCCGUAAUUUUUAUAAUAAGACAGGGUUAUAUUGUUAAA